AUGGCGAGAGGUCAACGCAGCUGGCUGCUGUUUGCGGCCUGCCUGGUUCUUUGCUCCUGGACCGCGAGUGCCGUCAUCGUAGACGAUUUGAUCCCACCAAGAUCAGGAUCCGACCUGCCCUCCUUCGAACAACCUUUCGCUCUCUCCUCCUUUCUGCAGAAGGUAUUCGGUACCUCGCUUCGCUCUCUCAUCGACUACGACCAAGGCAUCGACCGAUCAAAGCGGACCGGAACCAAGACAUUCGGCUUGAGGGAAGCUUACCAUCAGGGUGUUGGCGACAAGUCGCACGAGCGGGCCAAGGCCCGCUUCGAUUUCAAGAUCACCGCGGACGAUGUGCAGGCAAGUCAGGCCAACAUCAACUACAUUCCUGCCAUCCGCACAGUCCGACAGCGCAUCACACGAGCCAAGGAUCCGAACAAGUAUCUGGAAGUACGGGGGCAGUCCUACAAGGAUACGAUGUGCGCCUCUUCCACGGCUCUGGACUGGGAAGACGUCGACGUGGAGGCGCCGGACGUGACCGAUCGAAUCACUGUGCUGGCCUUCGCCAAGAUGGCUUCCGCAGCGUACAGCAACGAUACGUCCGACUGGGACGGCAUGGGUGGCUUCGAUCCCACUAAUUCGUUUGGAUGGGAAGGCGAUGGGAUUCGAGGCCACAUCUUUACAACACACGACAACGAUACGAUUGUAGUCGCUCUCAAAGGAACCUCGAACGUCUUUUUGGGCGGCGGCGACACAGCACGCAGAGACAAGACCAACGACAAUCUGCUCUUCUCUUGCUGCUGUGCUCGUGUCUCUUGGUCAUGGUCGACCGUAUGCGACUGCUACCAGGGUCACGGCGAUCGAUGUGGCCAGACCUGCGUGGAACGCGCGCUGAUCGAGAAAUCGCUCUACUAUCCCGCCAUCACGGAUCUGUUCAACAACAUCUCAUACGCCUACCCGGACUCGCAGGUGUGGAUCACAGGCCACAGUCUCGGAGGCGCUCUAUCGUCGUUGCUCGGCAUGACAUUUGGUGUGCCCACCAUCACCUUUCAAGCCCCGGGCGAGCGUAUGGCAGCGAUGCGCCUGCAUCUGCCAUUGCCACCAGCAAGGCAUCCGGACGAGAGCCCAGUCGCAGCACUGCCGAUUGUGCACGUCUACAAUAACGCCGAUCCGAUCGCUACGGGCCAGUGCAACGGUGCAGGCUCGAUCUGCUCCAACUUUGGGUACGCCAUGGAGUCGAAAUGCCACUCAGGCAAGAGCAUCGUGUACGACACGGUGGGCAAGCUGGGCUGGUCCAUGACGGCCAACGCUCAUCGCAUCGGCAUGCUGGUCGACGACGUGUUGACGGAAGAUUGGAGCGAGAAGGUCAAGAAGAAGAAGGCCAAGUUGCGCAGCAUCGGUACGAACGAGAAGCAAAACGGCAAGGCCCGCACAAAGGGCUGGAGGUGGCCCUGGCACCGCGGCGAUGACGCCGACGAUGGACAGGAUACGGACGGCGACACAGACGAGGACGACAAGCUGCCUGUGCCGAAAGCCAGGUCGGAGGAGAAGUGCCAAGACUGCACCAACUGGCACUUCACCGACGACACUUCGGAAGACGAUCCUUCGCAGUAA